CUACCCGUGGCGCGAGCGGCUGACUGAGCCUGGAGAGGAAACGGCAUUCGGAGCCGCGCUCCCGCCCAGGCCGGCCCUGACGCGGGCCUCGUCAGCCGGUAACGGGGAGCCGAGGCAGGAGCAGGGAGGAGGCGGCAGCGGCAGCGGCAGGAGCGGCGGCGGCGGCAGCAGCAGCUGGGAGGAGGUGGUGACGGUGGCAACGGCAGCGUCGGGGACGAUGGCGCGACUGGUGGCAGUGUGCAGGGACGGGGAGGAGGAGUUCCCCUUCGAGAGAAGGCAGAUUCCCCUCUACAUAGACGACACCCUCACGAUGGUGAUGGAAUUUCCUGACAACGUGUUAAAUCUCGAUGGUCAUCAAAAUAAUGGUGCGCAACUAAAGCAGUUCAUUCAGCGACAUAGUAUGCUUAAGCAGCAAGAUCUAAGCAUUGCCAUGAUGGUGACAUCACGUGAAGUCUUGAGUGCGCUUUCUCAGCUUGUCCCGUGUGUUGGUUGUCGACGCAGUGUGGAGCGCCUCUUUUCCCAGCUUGUAGAGUCUGGAAAUCCUGCCCUUGAACCCCUGACAGUAGGGCCUAAGGGAGUCCUAUCUGUAACUCGAAGCUGCAUGACUGAUGCAAAGAAGCUUUAUACGUUAUUUUAUGUACAUGGGUCCAAACUAAAUGACAUGAUAGAUGCUAUUCCAAAAAGUAAAAAGAACAAGAGAUGUCAGUUGCACUCCUUAGAUACGCACAAACCAAAACCUUUGGGGUAAGUAGAAUUGAUUAUCAAGAUGCUUUGUCAUUGUUAAGAUUAUAAGCGUUGAUCAUGUUUAGUAAAAAGAAAACCACAUUGCUAGUUUUAUUUCAUUAAUUGGUUACAUGCUAACGUAUAACACCAUGUAAUUAGUCAAAAUAAAUAUGUCUCCUGAUUCUGUAGGCCUUUUUUUGCACUGGGACUGUCUAGGGUCUCAAUAUAAAUUUGAUUUUUUAAAAAUUUUUUUCCUUGUAUUAGACAGGUUUCAGAGGAAGGAGGUUAAGAUCUUGUGGAACUUUAUGUAGCCAAUAUUAAAUUUUUCAAAGUAGUGGUAGCAUUCUUUAAUUUAUAUUAAUAGUCAUAACGUAUAAAUUAUUUUUCUUGUCUUUCUUGUCUGUAGGUUUCCCUAAUAAUUUAUCAAGGAUUUAAAAAAAAUCUUGAAUCAAUCAUAGCAAAAUGAAUUUAUGUAACUAACUUGGAGGUUUUUUCCUUGGUUACGUGCUAUAAUGCCCAAGGCUGCUUCUGCCCCCACCUCCCUCCCUGCACAGUGUCGAAGUUGCCCCCACAAAAUUGCUUGGGGGUUGGGGGUGUUAAGGAGAAGCCGUGGAAGUUGAAGGAAAUUUCCAAGAAGUAGCUUUUGUUUUUGGAGAGAAUGGGGUGAUGUACAACUGUACUUCUGAAUUAAUUUUCAAAACCCCUUUUUUGAACAUCUCAUUAGUAGUGUUGACACCUAUUGUUAAGUCGACAUUUUCCUUCCUGGUAAAAAGACUUAGAUGACCAGGUGGUGGUGUGUUCAUAAUCUUGUUUUUUUUCUCUAUACUCAGGAAUAAAUUUUUUCUUUAAAUUUUAUUAUGAAAACUGUCGAACACUUAGAAAGUAUAGACUAUGCAAAGACACCCUAACCCCCAGAUACCUUCCAUAGUAAAGUAGUUAUCAAGAGUUGCUGCAUUUAUUUCAUUUAUCCACCUUUUUCUUUGCUGAAGUAUUUGAAAGCAAGUUUCAGGCAUAAUGCUAUUUUACUGCUACAUAUUUCCAUAUUCAUCUCUAAAUAUAGGGACAUUUUAUUUCAUAAUGACAGUGCCGUUUAUAACACCUAACAAACUUUAACUAUAGUAAUUUAAUACAUGGUUCAUAUUCAGAUUUCCCUACCUUGCUCUGAAAGUAUCUUUUUACAUUGAUUUGUUAGAAUCAAGAUUUAAGCAAGAACCAUACAUUGUAUGAUAUUUAAUGUGAGAGAACUCUGAACUCAGAGAAGCUCUUCACAACCUAAGGUGGUUAUUUAAGGAUAAUUAUUUCACAUACCUGACUUACCAAUAUCUUUAGAGAACUCCUGACUUUCUUAAUGCACAAUUCAGUCUAAUUUUCUCUUUAGAUAAUAAGCUUUAUCUGAAUAAUCUGUCAACUGAAGCCACGGGGUAAUAUGAUGUAAUAAAAAGGCUGCCUUCUGUUUUUUUGUUAUGAAUGUUCCUCAUUGAGCUAAAGAGCAGCAGCUACCCCAGCAUCUUAAACAUCUGUGCUAAUUGCCACCUUCCUUCAAAGACCAGUUCUUCCACUUCUGCUCUGGAUUCCAUCUCCUGUUGUUUUUAUUGACUUUGCUUCAUUAAUUAUCAACUUUUAUUCAAUUGAUGUCCAGUUAUAUUUUCCUCUGUUUCACCUUAAAAACAAAAACAACCCUCCACAGGCUUCACAUCCCCCUUGAGCUCUCGCCCCACCACACAGGAAGCCAAAUGCUUUGGAAGGUGGUUUGCUGAGUUAUGCAGUCAAUAGGAAUGGAAUUAGUUGACCUUAAGCAGUGCUUCCACCGGUAUAGCUUCAGUUAUACCCGUGUACCUUGCGGGUAGCAGGCCAGAGAGUAGCCUGCUUAGCCAAGACUCCUUCUCCUCCACUUGGGAUGGUUACCGCCAUUCUAUGCUACUAUGACUCUUCUUUUUUAUAUUUUUCCACUGUUGUUCUCCUCUUUUUUCUCUUUAGACUUUUCUUCACUGGAAAGUACAAUGCAGUUGAUUAGGUUUCAGCCUAAUUAAUCGUAAGAGUCUAGUUCGAGAGUAAGUUGUCUAUAAUCUGAAAGAAAGAUCUAGACCAGAGGUGUAGGCCUGAAGCUGAUGAAUGAUAUAUAGUUGACUCUUGUACAAUGCAGGGGUUGGGGUACCACCCCUCCAUGCAGUGGAAAAGUUAAAUGUAACUUCUGGUUGGCCAUUUGUAUACAGGGUUCCUUCAUACCUGCAAAUUCAGUGAACUGCAGAUCGUGUAGUACUGUGACAUUUUUAAAAAUCCAUGUACAAGUAGACUUGUGCAGCUUAACCUCGUGUUGUUCAUUGGUCAGCUGUACAAAAUCAUAGAGGAAUAACAGUGGAAGAGAGAGGAAUGCUGAGGAAUUCAAUUUCAUGGUAGAAAAGAAUAAGCCUAAAGAAACUUAAGAGUGGCCAGAGAGAUAGGAGGAACCCAAGGGAAAAGAGUGUUUCAGGAGGGUUUGGUCAGCUGAGUUAAAAGGCCGCUAAGUUAUCACGGACCCAAAAGGGUCCAUUAGAUAUAACAACACUGAAAUAAUUGGUAAUCUUGGUGAGAUCUUUUGUUAAAUGGAGACAGAAUCCGGACCAGAAUGGGUAGAAAAGUGAAUGCAGUGUAAGGUGGUAAUGGAUUCACCUGUGAGUGGAAAGUAUGGAGGAGAACAGGGAAGUGGAAGGACUUACUUUUUCAGAAAGCUUGAUCUUCAAAGGAAGGAAUGGUAUAAAGACAUUUGGUCUGAAGGUUUUAUGGAUAAAAUCUUGAUUUGAGCUGUAGAAUUUUUAAAAGCUUUUUUUUUUUAGAAUAAUUCUUUCACAUUUUGAUGGUAUAAUUGUCAUUCCCCAGUUCUGAUUUCAUGAACCUUUUCCUCAAAAUGAGAACUUGCGUUUCAGAGUUAUUCAUAUUUUGAUUAUGGGUCACUCAAGCAUAAUUAGAAAGUCACAAAUAGGGAAGUUGAGAGUAGAAGGAUGUAAAGGCAGAGAAGGAGUUGAGGUUUUUCUUUGAAAAUAAGGAGCAUUGACCCUUGGCCUGAGCCCUUGUGAGAAGGAAGUAGGGAGCUGAAUUGUAUAUAUGACCUUGCGUGGUGGGCAGAGGGUUGAGAAAUACCUGUUUAGCUAUGUGUAGGUUAAGUAAAGAUUCAGAAGUUUUUCCAUCUCAAGCAUCCAAGGUAAUGAAUUUCUAGGACUAUAGUGAGACCUGCAGAAGAACAGGCAGGAGCCAGUUGUUCAGAAUCAUGAAAAAUCAAGAAGACUAUCAUUGAAUGGAAUAUAGAAACACAUUUCUCUUGGAAUGCACAUCUUCAGCAAAGCAAAAUGCAUGACCAGCGCCUCAUUGAAACCUGUGGGGGAGGGAGAGUCUGGGAAGUUUUUAGUAAGUUUUUAAAAACUUAUUUGUAUAGUACUUACUACUAAUUUAGGUUAUAUAAAGUGUUUAUCUUAUUUUAGCAAAUGUAAAAAUUUAUUUACUAUAAUUAGAUUAAUCUGUGACUUUCCCAGCUACUUGUAAAUUCGAAGGUGGAUAAGAAUUUGGUUGCUAUGGGCUAGCUAUAAAAUCACUUUAAGUAGAUUAAAACUUGUUAGAAUUUUCAGCUUGUGCAAGAUUGAUCCAUGUUUAUGGGUGAAAAUAUUUUAUAAUUUCUUAGCCCUUUUGACUAAAACAUUCCAAGUAGAUUUACUCAUAAAAUGCUUAUUAUAUUAACGAGUUGCUAUCUUGAUAAAUGAAAAUGUUGUUCAAUUAUAUCAGAUAAACUUAAUAGUUGAGCAGAAAUUUUGUUUAAAAAUAUGAGCACCUGUUUAAAUAAUAUUUUAAUGUGAUUAAAGUGAAUAUGUAAUUAUAUAAAAAUUUGCAAACUUACCCUACUAAUAUCUUAAUGUAUUAAAGAGUUUAUGAUUUUAACUUAGAGUAUAGAAAUUAUUCCUUCAGCUUAUCCCAGUGUUACUAAGCUUUGUACUAUACUGUACUACAGUGAAGGGAGCAGUAGCAGUGUCAGUUCAGAGAAGUUAAGUACAGAUAAGAGAAGUAGUGAAGACCACAGGAAGGACAGCAAGUGUAGGAUCAUUUUCCAUUAUGGACCUUUCCAGGGAACGGCCAGGUAAAAUCAAGCAAUCCUUUACUCAGCUUUUUAAAAAAUGUUUUACCCUUACGUAUUCCUUCUCCUCACUAAGAUUUGUUUCUUUCUGCAGAGGUUGUUGGAUGGACGUAUGGGAACUAAUGUCCCAAGAAUGCAGGGAUGAAGUCGUUUUAAUUGACUCUAGUUGUCUUUUAGAAACACUAGAAACCUAUCUGCGAAAACACAGGUUUUGCACCGAUUGCAAGAAUAAAGUCCUCCGAGCAUACAAUAUCCUUAUUGGUGAACUUGAUUGCAGCAAAGAGAAGGGCUACUGUGCUGCACUUUAUGAAGGCUUGCGGUGCUGUCCUCAUGAGAGACACAUACACGUUUGCUGUGAGACAGACUUCAUUGCACAUCUUUUGGGUCGUGCUGAGCCAGAGUUCGCAGGAGGGAGAAGAGAAAGGCAUGCUAAGACAAUAGAUAUAGCUCAAGAAGAAGUUCUGACCUGCUUGGGAAUUCAUCUUUAUGAAAGACUGCAUCGAAUCUGGCAAAAACUACGAGCAGAAGAGCAGACAUGGCAGAUGCUUUUCUAUCUUGGUGUUGAUGCUUUACGCAAGAGUUUUGAGAUGACUGUGGAAAAAGUACAGGGUAUUAGUCGAUUGGAACAACUUUGUGAAGAAUUUUCAGAGGAGGAACGAGUAAGAGAACUCAAGCAAGAAAAGAAGCGCCAAAAACGGAAGAAUAGACGAAAAAAUAAAUGUGUAUGUGAUAUUCCUACUCCCUUACAAACAGCAGAUGAAAAGGAAGUAAACCAAGAGAAGGAAACAGACUUCAUAGAAAACAGCUGCAAAGCCUGUGGCAGCACUGAAGAUGGCAAUAGUUGUGUAGAAGUAAUUGUUACCAAUGAAAAUACAUCAUGUACCUGUCCUAGCAGUGGCAAUCUCUUGGGGUCCCCUAAAAUAAAGAAAGGCUUAUCUCCACACUGUAAUGGUAGUGAUUGUGGCUAUUCAUCUAGCAUGGAAGGGAGUGAAACAGGUUCUCGAGAGGGUUCGGAUGUUGCCUGCACUGAAGGCAUUUGUAAUCAUGACGAACACGGUGAUGAUUCCUGUGUUCAUCACUGUGAAGACAAAGAGGAUGAUGGCGAUAGUUGUGUUGAAUGUUGGGCAAAUUCUGAAGAGAACAACACCAAAGGAAAAAAUAAAAAGAAGAAAAAGAAAAGCAAGAUGUUGAAAUGUGAUGAACACAUCCAAAAGCUUGGAGGCUGUAUUACAGAUCCAGGUAAUCGAGAGACCUCAGGAAAUACCAUGCACACAGUGUUUCACCGCGACAAGACCAAAGAUGCACAUCCUGAAAGCUGUUGCAGCUCUGAAAAGGGUGGGCAGCCACUCCCUUGGUUUGAGCAUAGGAAAAACGUACCACAGUUUGCAGAACCUACAGAAACGUCGUUUGGUCCUGAUUCUGGAAAAGGUGCCAAGAGCUUAGUUGAACUCCUUGAUGAGUCUGAAUGUACUUCAGAUGAGGAAAUCUUUAUCUCACAAGAUGAAAUACAGUCAUUUAUGGCUAAUAACCAGUCUUUCUACAGCAAUAGAGAACAAUACCGACAGCAUCUGAAGGAGAAAUUUAAUAAAUACUGCCGCUUAAAUGAUCACAAGAGGCCCAUUUGUAGUGGCUGGUUGACAACGGCUGGAGCAAAUUAAAUAAAUAAAAUAGCUCUGUCUUUCAAUGAAACACUCAAGAUGACUACUGCGCCUUCUCUUUCAAAAAAAAAACUCUUAAUUUAGUGACUUAUGGCAAAAUUUUAUCUUAAAUCAAUGUGAUUCUUUCUUGUUUGGGGAGACGGUGGAGGUAACCUCAUUAGUUUGUUCUUUCUUCAGGCUUGUGUCUUUAGUUGUGUGGCUGCGCAGGCCUGCCGUAUGAUUUAAGCCAUCUCUUUUCAUUAAAUGUUUCUCUUCCUGUGAGACUUGCUAAAAAGCAACUUAGUGGCAAAAAGUAAUGUUGUACUUAUACUUCUGUACAGAAAUGACAAUGAGCUGAAUAUAUGGUUUUACAAAGUAGACAUCCACUUGCGAAAUGUUUGGAUGUAAUGUUAAAGCGCAAUGUGCAAAAUUUAAAAUAAAGAAUAUUUAUUAAUAUGCAUAGUAAAA